CUGCUAUUCUCGGAUCCAAUAUACUACGAACGUAUCUCAUAAAUUACGCGAGACCCUUAAUUUUCUCCACGUUUUUGCCUUAUAACAAUUUAAUUAGCAUUAAAUGCGCAUAUAAUGUUAUCGCCAGUGAACUUGGAGCCCAGCUUCGAGAGCGGUUAAAAAACUUGAUUACAUUGUUUAGAUCAAGUAUCAAAAUACCUUCACAUAUGCUGUUACCUUCCACAAGCGCAAUUCAAGGAAUCAUUAUACCUGGCAAUGAAAACGUCGUGAAAUUAAGUAAAAUCAUCCAACAGGCCGGCUACAACGUCAAACCUAUUCGUUCUCCGACCGUCCCACCGGGAAGAGAGCGUGUUCGUAUAUGCAUACACGCUGAUAAUACCAAAGAGCAAGUACUGGGUCUAGUGCAUGUUAUUGAAAGAUUUGUCGCUGAUUCGUUAUCCUUUUUUGUGGCUGAUAGUAACGUGGAUGGUGCGCAAACGCAUUCGUUAUCCUUAUCCCCUUCAACAGCCCCGUCAUCGAUAUCUAAACUAUAA